CGCUCGCAGCUUCACUUUGAGCACUUCAUUGUACUCGUGCGCUGGAACUCAUGAGUGUCACCGCAGUUCAGUCACACCAAAUCUGAAAAGCAGAUUGAUACUCGCCGAGGGAUUCAUCUUGCAUCAAUCCAUUCACGAUUGGAUUACGCGUUAAAUCCUGCGCCGGGAUUCAGUUUCGUUCUUCUGAAGAUGCCCGCUUGUGGAUCACAGAUUGGGGACUUUCGUGGAAUUAAACGUGCUAAAGGUUGUGUGGAGUCAGCUGAAGUCGUCCUAUGAGGUGAGCAUAUCCCAUUGGUCGUCGGCUCCCGUCAGUGCCAUCAGCAGCAGGACUAAGGGAUGUCACAAGUAGUUCUCCUUCUGACUCUACUCAGUUUCAACUCCUGCAUCCAGGUGUCUUCUGCUGUAUCCCUCAAAACUAUGAUGGAAAGAUGGAUGAUGUACCGAGAUGAAUGUUUUCGAAAUAUGAGCAGAGAAGCACCGAUGACAGGUGUGGUGUGCAACAGGACGUUUGACCGGUAUGCCUGCUGGCCUGAUGCCCUGCCCAACACUACAGUGAGUGUGGCCUGUCCCUGGUAUCUGCCCUGGCACAAGGAGGUCCGGCAUGGGCUUGUGCAUGUGGAGUGUGAUGCAGACGGACAGUACAGCAAGCAGAAGGAUGCCAGUGAAUGUCUGUCACGUGACAACAUACAACACUAUGGCCGGAUCCUCCGUCAGUUUCGCACCAUGUACACAGUUGGAUAUUCUCUAUCUCUCGGAGCGCUGGUGCUGGCGCUAAGCAUCCUGGUGGCCUUCAGAAAGCUGCACUGCAUGAGAAACAACAUCCACAUGAACCUGUUUGCCUCCUUCAUCCUGCGCGCCUCUUCUAUUCUCAUCAAAGACGCCUUGUCGGAAAGACCUGAUACCUUCCCUGUUGGCCAGGACAUCACCACUGAACUGGAGGUGGAGUGGCUGGUUAAAAACGAGACAGCGGUGGGCUGCAGAGUUGCGGUAGUGAUGAUGCAGUACAGCAUAUUGGCGAACAGCUACUGGCUGCUGGUGGAGGGCAUUUACCUGCACAGCCUUCUGGUUGUUACUGUCCUGACCGAGAGAAACUACCUGAGCAUCUACCUGAGCAUCGGCUGGGGUGCCCCUCUGAUAUUUGUCUUGCCCUGGGUGAUCGUGAAGUACUUGUACGAGAAUGAAGAAUGCUGGGAGCAGAAUAAUCACAUGGAGUACUGGUGGAUCAUCCGCUCUCCCAUUCUGCUAGCUGUGUUGAUUAACUUCUUCAUCUUCAUACACAUCAUCAAGAUCCUCGUGUCCAAACUGAGGGCGCAUCAGAUGAGAUAUUCUGACUACAAGUUCCGGCUUGCAAAGUCCACGCUCACCCUGAUUCCGUUACUGGGGAUCCAUUCGGUCCUGUUUUCAUUUGUUACUGACGAGUCUACCUCACAUGGUGCUCUGCCCCUACGCCUCACAAAACUCUUUAUCGACCUCUUCUUCAACUCCUUCCAGGGGCUGCUGGUUGCCAUCUUAUACUGCUUCGUCAACAAGGAAGUUCAGUCUGAGAUUCUGAAGAAAUGGAGACGUUGGAAGCUUGGGAGGGACAUUGAGGAGGAGUAUCGUCACACCUACAGCCAGAGCCUUCAGAUUCAGAAGAGUGGGAGCAUCAUGGUCCAUCCCACCAACCUCCCACGGCUACCUGACAUUGCUACCACUACCUCCCGGCUCGGCAGUCCAGAAGAAAAGCAGAUGUUGGUUUCUAGCAGCCAAAAUGGCAUGGGUAUUGGGCAGGGAUGUCUGCAGUUCACUUCCACACAACAAGAUGGCUCCACCUGCAGUUCUAUAACAGAGGACAUGGUGGUGGUGGACAGGGAAAGGUAUUGUAGGGUUGCACAGGGCAAUGCAGAGAGCAACCUGUGAGCUAAAGGAGACUCCAUACGUCUCACCCGAAGACCAGAUCACUCUCGCUUCCUCUGGCUGAGGGCUCUAGACCCUAGGCCCUAGCUUGAGCGAGAGGUGUGUGUAUGUGUAUGUGUCCUUGGCACUUGUGCGAGUUUCCUCAACAGGCAACUCACAAUGGACACCAGUCCUUCACAUUGCAGGGUGCUCAGCUGACACUGUCCCAGGAUUAAUGGUGAGCAAAAGGUGGACAUGUUAACAAAGAUUUGCACAAAUGUACAUGCUAACAAACUGAAUGAUAGAGUCUUACCUCUAGUCUUAUUUAACUGUGAUUUAGUAGUGAAAACCCAUCUGGAUUGCAGGGUCCAAGUGAAAUCAGCCAAGCAAACUGUUGACCAACCUUUCUGGAGGAACUGAAGAGAUACACCGAACUGAACUUUCCAAAAGAUAACAUAAACAGCGAGUUUGUGUAGAACUCUGCAAAUACUUCCAUCCAGAAAUGACCAACUUAGACAAGAAUUUCCAUGACAAUUUAUGCUAAUUUGGUGCCAGAACACUAACAAAGCUUUGUGUUUUUGGGUUAAGCUGAUUUUGCUGGUUAAGAUAAUGAAGAAACUUUGUGCACCCACAGUUUGGUUUGCAUAUAUUUUUGAAUUAAUUGACGUUUAUGGGUACAUGUAAAGAGUAAGUGCUUGUGUUUAAUUAAAAACGUCCUUCACUUUAAUGGCCAUGGUCAAGGUGUAGAUUUAGACUGAUCAAUUUUGCUUGUGUGCCUUUUAUUAUAGGUCUUAGACCCCAGUAUUAAAACAAAAACACAAAGAUUGACCAUAAAAGUGAAGUACAAAUCUAUCAGUUAAACUCACAGAGGUGAAAGUUGCUUAAAGCAAACUCUAGUGUGUAGUGAAGAAAACAUCCAGCACACAUUAGAAGCAUUUGCCUACUAUUAAUCAUAGUGAAGUUCUCCCUUCAAGAAAACAAGCAUAGUAUGUUUAAGCAUGCAAAACACAGCCAUAUGUGAAAGGCUUCAAAGGAACUAGGUCACUGCCUUAAUGGCGUAGUAUGCCAGAUUUGAUUCCCCUAUGUCAGAGGAGACGACUGUUCACCAGACCUGUAUGUUCAAGAGUCAGUAUUAGUUAGUAACUGCUUCUUCUCUCGAUUGCCUCUCAUCUCCUAAAUGGCAUUGGAAUCCUUUGCCACAAGUCUUUGAAAGAUUUUCAGGAUGUGUAGGAGGAACUCUGAGAGCCAGAGAAGAUUUCGAACAAAUUACAACCAAGAACAUAGAUCAAAAUCUUUCUUCACUCAGAGGACGUCUUCAUGCUAGAUUUACAAUACAAUAUUUCAUAGAAAUACAGUCGUAAGACACUCAAAGGAGAUUCCGAAAAAGGAUGCACUUGAGGCGUGUCAUUUCUGUAGCAUCAUCGCCACUAAAGUGACCACCCAAGUGACCCAUCUGUGCCAUUACAACAUCGAUUCUACCAACGGCUUGAGUUUUUUUGCUGGGACUAUCUGUAUGAGGGGGUAGUGUAUUGUGGGUUUUAAUCAACAAUGAGUCCCUGCUGGUAGAUGCUGCAUUUACACUUAAGGGUACCAUAAAUGGCAGAAUAACUCCAAGAGCCCUGAAUAGAAAAAGAGAUGAAGCUUCUACCAGGGAGGAUGCAAUUGAAGUCAAUGUUCUGUGGGGCCACAGAAAUCAUCACCAUGGAGGCAAAAAGCUUCAUUUUAGGCCAUUCAAAAGUAGCUAUGUAUUCUGGCAAAGUAAACAUUUUAAUUGCAAAAAUUUUGUUGUAUCAUAUUAGAUGUCAAUUGAGUGCAUUUAAGUUGAAUGAGAAAGCUUACAGAUGUUGAAUUGUCCUUGGUCCGAUUAAAUGGUGUGUUAAGGAGAAUUCGAAAUUUGUAAUCUCUGUUUAGUGCCACUAAUGGUGUUAAAAUGGCAUACUUCACCUUAAAUGACAAUGAGCAGCUGAUGCCCCAUAUUGUGGCAUAAUGAUGCAGAUUUUUAUUUUCUUUAGGUCAUCAAAUGCUUGAUGAUCAUGACGAUGAUUAUCGCAGAUAACUAUGUGGGUCAAUUUGCACAAAUUUAAUUUAUAAUUGUUAGAUAUGUAGAUAUCGCCUGUUGAGAUUUGUAAUGACUUUGUUUUGUGGUGUAUGUUAUUUGUGCACAUGAUGUGUAUUUUGUGUUUUGGCUAGUGGACAGUGAUUGAAACGUUGCUUUAGUGUUCAGUCAAUGAUAAAGAGGCAUUUUCUGCAACACUCAAGACCAGUUUUGCCUUUUGAGUGACACAAUUUAUUCAUUUAUUGAUAGUAAUGCAUUGGUGGUAAAUUUGUAUUGACUGCAGGUACAUAAAGUGCAAAAUGUUACAAAAUUCAGUUGUUUUUUUUCUUU